CAAUGAAAUAUAUCAACAAUGGAAAAAUGAAAUAAACUCCCAUUGGAAUGAUACACCCCAAGAAGAUGAAAAAUCUUGGGAUAAUAUCGAUCGACCCCCUUAUACGGUCGAUUCAGAAGAAUUCGAAAAAUUCGAAGAAGGAAAUUCUUUGAAUUGUAACAUCAAACAAACCGUAGAGGAGAAUCGAUCAACUGAUUCUUCUCAAAAUACGCUUGUUGAAUCAAGC